AUGUCUCCACGCUGCGUCAGAGCACGGAGACAUCCCUGCAGGGAGCCUGGCCCGCCAGCAGCGUUCACAGUGAGUGACAUCAGAGCUGACAGUGUGACUCUGUCCUGGGAGCCCCCUGCUGGUGAAGUGCAGAACUACUCAGUGACCUGUUCCAGUGGAGAAGAUGUCGUACAAGAAUUCCAAACUGAGGAAACCAGUGUGACCAUCAGAGACCUGAGGCCUGGACAGCAGUACCUGUUCUCUGUGUGUGCACAGCUCCAGAGGCUCCAGAGUGAGGCUGCAGAGACCUCCACUCAUACAAAGCCUGGUCAGCCAGCAGCGUUCACAGUGAGUGACAUCAGAGCUGACAGUGUGACUCUGUCCUGGGAGCCCCCUGCUGGUGAAGUGCAGAACUACUCAGUGACCUGUUCCAGUGGAGAAGAUGUCGUACAAGAAUUCCAAACUGAGGAAACCAGUGUGACCAUCAGAGACCUGAGGCCUGGACAGCAGUACCUGUUCUCUGUGUGUGCACAGCUCCAGAGGCCCCAGAGUGAGGCUGCAGAGAUCUCCACUCACACAAAGCCUGGUCAGCCAGCAGCGUUCACAGUGAGUGACAUCAGAGCUGACAGUGUGACUCUGUCCUGGGAGCCCCCUGCUGGUGAAGUGCAGAACUACUCAGUGACCUGUUCCAGUGGAGAAGAUGUCGUACAAGAAUUCCAAACUGAGGAAACCAGAGUGACCAUCAGAUACCUGAGGCCUGGACAGCAGUACCUGUUCUCUGUGUGUGCACAGCUCCAGAGGCUCCAGAGUGAGGCUGCAGAGACCUCCACUCACACAAUCAUUAAAGAGCUGCAGGAAAACUCCAACGAGAUUGAGUCCCAGGAGCUGAACUACGCAGAAGUCAAUGUCAGAGCCGCACAAAGACCACAGCGUUCACUCAGACAGAUGGAGCCUCAUGUGGUUUACUCGAGUACAAGAUGA